UCACUAAAGGACGGAAAGUAAACGUCCAAGGUACAAAUCGUUCCUUAAAAAAACACAGAGUAAUGAGUAAACUAUAAAUGCAGAUACAAGUGGCCCUGGUUCAGAUUUAGAUACGAGCUUCGUGUUCAAGUCGAGGUUCAUCAAAGCGGACUUUGCUGCUCUGCCAGAGCUACGAGCUACCUCUUCAGAUAACACGACGGCAGCUGGACUUCAGAGAAAGGCGAAGAGUUGCAAACUAUCAGUAUGGCAGAGCCAAAAAGAGAGGCAGAGCUGCUGCCGGAAGAUGUUGAUACAGAUGACUGUCUGACUUCAUACACUUACAUCUACAGUCCAGAUUUACUGAAGGACCGGGUUGCUUUUAUCACAGGUGGGGGAUCUGGAAUUGGCCUCCGCAUUGCUGAAAUCUUCAUGAGGCAUGGCUGUGACACAGUGAUUGCCAGCAGGAACUUAGACAAGCUCAAUGAGGCUGCUAAAAAGCUGUCUGCUGUGUCGGGACGGCGCUGUCUUCCUCUGUGUAUCGACGUGAGGCAGCCUGACAGCAUCAUGGCUGCUGUGGAUGAAACCCUGAAAGAGUUUGGCUGUAUAGACAUCCUUAUUAACAAUGCUGCUGGAAACUUCCUCUGCCCUGCUACCUCACUCUCCUUCAAUGCCUUCAAGACUGUUCUGGAUAUAGACACCAUGGGUACAUUCAACACCAGCAAGGUGGUUUAUGAGAAGUGGUUCAAGGAUCAUGGUGGCAACAUAGUCAACAUCUCCGCAACGCUCGGCUACCGGGGACAGGCCCUGCAGGUGCACGCUGGCUCUGCCAAGGCAGCAAAUGAUGCCAUGACCAAGCACCUGGCUGUGGAGUGGGGGCCCAGUAGAGUGAGAGUCAAUGCUGUAGCUCCAGGUCCCAUCUCUGGCACAGAGGGCUACCGCAGACUGGGUGGCUCUAGAAGGGAGGCUGCUGAUGCUUUUCAGUCCAUUCCUUUGCAGAGAGCUGGCAACAAGACAGAAAUGGCCCACUGCGCUCUUUUCCUGGCCAGCAGGGCAUCUUCUUACACAACUGGAGCCAUCCUGGUCGCCGAUGGCGGGGCGUGGCUGACCUCAGCCAAUGACGUCUCCAUGCUGUUGGGUAUAGCCUCCUCUAAAUCUGCUAAACUCUGAACAGGAGCUCUCCUGUCCUUCUCCUGAACCCCAUCCCUCUUCCCAGGUUAUUGGUCAGCUGAAAAGAAAAGAGACAAGUAAAUGCUGAAACAGAAAAGAAAUAUUGCCCCUGUCUGUGGCACUGAUUCACUAGUGCCUUAAGUCAGAAUUGAGAGACUCAUGGAGUUGAACACUAAUAUAAUACAUUUACUAUACUGUUGUAGUUUACAGUCUUGGUAAUUAAAAACACUUCAUAACAAAUUAGCAAUUUUUUCCCAUCCCAGUGCUGUGUAUUUUCAUUGUGCAUUUAAUGU